CUCAUUGUGUGUGUUCGAUCAUGGAAUCGGUGGAUGGGAUGCAGCUAGCUGUCGAGAUCAUAUAUCCCUGUCUGUCAUCCGUCCAAAUUUCGAGCUCAGCUGUCGAGAUUCGGAGACGGCGCGCGAGACGGGGGCAACUCGACUUGUAUGCACACCGAAUGAAUCGAUAGGUCCCCUCAGUCAGUCAACACAGAGCUCACUCGGCAGCACUCAGGCACUAUCAACGCACACACAUGGACGGACAAGGCUGACAUAGCCACCCAUUCCCCCCUGACGUCACUGCCCCACCAGCAAGGCCUCGUCCACCGCCGCAAACAGCCGCGUGCACUCGUCCUGGUUGAACACGCUGGCCGCCGUCGCGCCCACGCCAUCGUCGUCAUUGUCAGGCAUGCCCUCCCACACACCCGUGUGGCUCUCACUCUCCCGCAGGUGGACGUACAGCGUCGCAAACAGCGCCCAGGACCGGUGCCCGCCUUGGCUGGCGGCAGCAGCAUCGCCUUGGUCGGUGUCAGCGGCGGUCAUGACGGGGAAUGGGAGGGCCUUCAAUGGGCCCAUCACACCCUGCACCAAGGGGCCGCAGGAGGGGUGCCUGGUAUGCCAGGCAGCCAAACAGACAGGGACCAAUCGCACCAAGUCAGAUAAGUGUCUCUGUGUUCGUCACUGGUUGUCUCAUUCACUUGUGUGAGAGGUAGCUGGCGAAGAGCAGCAGUGGGGGGCCGCGCACAAAAAAGGGCGCCAGGAACAUCAGAAAGGGAUACACACACACAUCCAGGCUGCCCAAGAUGCACGCUGCAACCGACGACAACACACACAUGGCAGGCGUACAGACAGAGACACGCAGAGAGAUGCUCAUCCAUGACGCUCGUCAAUCGGUCGACAGCAGGCGUCUGUCUCACUCACUCUCUGGGACGAAGAAUCUUCUCUGCCACUCGCGCAGCCUCGACUGCUCCCCACCCGGACAGAACACAUCAUGGAACAGAGACAGGGCACCUGCACACACACAGGCAAACACACAGAGACGAGAAAUGGCGACACCAGCAGUGCAGUAUGCAUGUGUGUGUGUCCUGUCGCGUGGCUGACCGUCUGGUCCCCUGGGGUGUGUCUGUCUUUGUGUGACGGUCUCGACGCCCCCGCCAUGGUCGUCUCCUCGCCCACCUCGAGCUGCAUGUAGGUGUAGCUCUGCCACAGACAGCGACUCAUCUCCUGCCAGCCGACGACACUCCCAGGCCGACACUCCUGCACACCACAGAGGGAGGAGCGACACACGAGUCAGUCAGAACGACGGUAGGUCGUGGUGGGGUCGGCUUGCCAGGAAUUCUGCGGCGAUCCUGAGCUGUGCCUCGGGUGUGAGAGCAGGCCUCGCGCGAUAGGCCAGGAUGAGACUCUCGUCGUCACCCCUGCACAUACAUCAGACAGACAGACAGACACUGCUGUAUGGUAUGCAUCCUUUGCUAAUGGUCUUUUGGUGUGCCUGCCUGCCUGCCUGCCUGAUCCACCUACCCUGAUCGCUGGAUGUACUCUCUCGUGUACUGCUCCUGCAGCUCCGGCAGCACACCAAGAUGCAUCCAUCGAAAGACACACACACACACACGGAGGGCCCCCCUCAAUCCUGUCCCUGUCUCUCUGUCUGUCUGUCUGUGUGCCCCACCCACCAGUCGUGUCCGUUCUGUGGGUGAUAUGAGUCCCUGUGUGAGCAUCUGCCGCAGCGCCUCCUCCUGCAGCAGCACCAACAAGAGCUCCAGCGCCACCAUGUUGGACGCGUCGCCACGCACGCAGCUCUCAAACAGAUCACGGCACUGAAUGACACACAAACACACAGACGCAGACAGACGAGACGUCCGAUAUGGGCGGCCAAGGGUGUGUGUGGCAGUGCUGGUGCUGGUUACGGUGUCUGAUGCGCGCUCGAUGAGGAAGGCGAGAGUCGGCGGAGGGGUCUGCCAUGCCAGGCACACAACGGAUGGACAGCACAUGACAUGACAUGACACGACAUGCGUCCAUCGAUCGUCAAUGUCCCUCUCUGGCCUGGCCACCCCGUCACCGUACCCUGUCGGCCUCGAUGUAUCCCACGAUGGCCUUGAGCACCACCCUGACAACCACAAACACACACACACACACACACACUCAACGCGUCCUCUGUCUGGACCAGAACUGAUUAUUAAUGUGAAUGGAGAGGAAUGCGCGUGAAUGGACAUGACUGACUGACUCGCACAAGCGGACGGGUAAUUGAGUGCCCCUCGGGACACCCGCACAGACGCACCAAAAGCGCUCAACCAGACAGACAGACAGAACCAUUCACCUCACACACACACACGGGCACUCGUCCGCAACUCACUUUGUCCAUUCAAUCAUCGAGGCAUCACUUUCGCUUACUCAAAAAACAAGCGGCAAACCAAUGAG